UCUUCCAUAAUACUCUCAACAAACCCAAAUCUCCAACGACAAACAGCCCUAGUUUCUCCCGAAGUUUCAGGAGCGACUACUGCUUUUUGAGAUGGGUGCGGACAUGGAGAUUCCGGUGGACACUGCGAUUGUGCCAGUUGCACAGGAUCAGAGUGAGCAGGCUCAGCCUAUUGGCGGGGACGUCCCCGCACAUCUGUCUCAUGACCCUCAGCACAAUAUGAAACGAACUGACCCUUUCCAGUUUGGAUCGCGGUUACUCAAAGAGAAGGAUAACGUAUUUGAAUUUAACGCGUGGGACCAUGUGGAAACAGAUGAUGCCUACAAGGAGUAUUCUGAAGUACAAUAUGCGAAGCAGCGUGAAGCUCCGGUUUCUGAUUUUGACAAGAACAGAUUUAACUCCGAUCCCGCUAAGUGGUGGAACCAGUUUUAUAAAAACAACACGUCUAAUUUCUUCAAAGACCGCAAGUGGCUUCGUCAGGAGUUCCCCGUGCUUGCCGAAGUCACGCUCGCAGACUACGGUCCCUGCACGCUCCUUGAGGUCGGUGCCGGUGCUGGCAACACCGCCUUUCCUAUUAUUGCAAAUAAUCAAAAUCCAAACCUUAAAAUCCAUGCCUGCGAUUUCUCCAAGAUAGCCGUCAAAGUGAUGCGUGAGAAUGAUGCCUAUAAUACGAGUCAAAUCCAGGCCGACGUCUGGGAUGCCGCGGCGCGAGAACUCCCGCCGGGACUCGCCGAGGGCUCUGUAGAUGUCGUCCUGAUGAUAUUCAUAUUCUCCGCUCUCUCGCCGACGCAAUGGCGUCAGGCUGUGUCGAACAUCUAUCGCGUGCUGAAGCCAGGCGGCGAGGUGCUAUUCCGGGACUACGGCCGCGGAGACCUGGCCCAGGUCCGCUUCAAGAAGGGACGGUACAUGGAGGAGAACUUUUAUGUUCGUGGGGAUGGCACGAGGGUUUACUUUUUUGAGAAGGACGAGCUGGAAGAGAUUUGGUCGGGCGAGGGUGUGUCUGCUGGCGGCGAUGCGCCUGCUGCCCCGAGAUUUGAGAUUGUCAGCUUGGGCGUGGAUCGCAGACUGCUUGUCAAUCGCGCCAAGCAGCUCAAGAUGUAUCGAUGCUGGAUGCAGGGGCGGUUUCGCAAGGCCGCAGACACCACAAGCAGUUCGGAGGUCGUCAGUUGAACGAAGCUACGAUCGUGUGAUGAAAUAAAAAGCACGUCCGGCUCCUAUGCCGUAUAAAGAAUGCUCAGAACAACAUGGCGAUAACAAAUGUACCUACAACAGGACUUGGGUAUGGCUGGAUUGGACAAUAGCCCUUCUCCCCCGGGUCGAAGCUUAACUCUUGUGUGAAGGUUUUACCUCUUGAGAAAUUGUCGAGGCUUCCGAAGGGCUGAGAUUCUGUGAGGCAAUUAUGCCUCCUGAGUGACUGAUGCCAAGGAGACUGAUGUUCUAGAUAGUCUCGAGCAGAUGAGUGUAUAUGGGAAAGA